AUGAGUGCGCUGAACCAUAUAGCCAACGACAAGCAUACAAACAUGGACGAUUUCGAAAGCGAACCCUUCAUCCGCUCAUCCCUGGAAAUCCUUCAUGAAGAGAAGGACCUCGAUUCCCAUGGACACUUGCUACAAUUGCUCCCGAUCAUUGGGGCAGUCUGGCUGGGAGAGUUUAUUGACGCAGUCGACCAGACCAUCCUCGUUUCCACGUACGGGACGAUCUCAUCACAAUUCCACAGCCUGACUAUGGGAUCCUGGUUACUCACGGGUUAUAAUCUGGGUUACUGUGUUGCUCUGCCUAUAUAUGGCCUCCUAUGCGACAUCUGCAGCCGCAGGAACCUUCUCUUCAGCGCAUAUUUUCUCUUCGGACUAGGGUCUUUGAUAUGUGGGACUGGCCAUGGUGUCAAUCAGAUAGUCAUCGGCCGGAUCAUUGCCGGACUGGGAGGCGCUGGGAUGAGUUCCCUCUGCUCGGUGAUCAUCACCGACCUCCUGUCCUCUUCCGACGUGGCUGUCCUGCGAGGAUGGACCGAGACCAUCAACAACAUCGGCCGCAGCCUGGGGCCACCCCUCGGCGGCCUCCUCGUCAAUACCCUCGGCUGGAGAUGGACAUUCCUCGGCCACCUGCCCCUACUCGGGCUAUGCAUCCUCGGCGUCGCAUACCGACUACCAAAACAGCCAUCCCAAACAGCAGAGUGCAGCCCCGACAUCCACACCACCGCACGUAGCUUCGACUGGCUAGGUAUUCUCGCCUUCUCCACCACGAUCGUCAGUCUCUUACUCGCGAUCCACUUUGCGGGAACCAGGGGGGCUGGAGACGCAGACGCAAACCCAGGUCCAAGCUCAUGGUGGCUGAUCGCCUCGAUUGCCGGAGCGAUGCUCUCGCUGCCCUUCUUCCUGUGGGUGGAACACUCAUGGGCCCGGAGACCGCUCAUUCCACUUGAUCUGAUGCAAGGCGUCGUGGGCCGGCACUGUCUGGUGCAUAUCCUGGCAUACGCGGCUCGGCUAGCGAUCGCAUCAAACAUCGUCCCCUACAUGGUCCGCGCACACGGUGUCAGCGACGUCACAGCCUCAUUGUUCCACGUGCUCACCAUCCUGGGUAUGCCUCUGGGCGUCCUGGCCAGCGGCUACACAAUCAAGAAACUCAAACAAUACAAACCGGUCAUCAUAACAGGCCUCGCAGCCAGCAUCGCCGUCUACAUCCUGAUCCUCCUGCAGUGGCGCCGGGGAUCCAGCAUCCUCGACGGCCUGUACAUGUUCCCCGCGGGCACCGCCGCCGGGCUGAUCUUCCCCGCGCAGUUCAUCGCCAUCUCGGCAAACGCGCCGGCGGGGCGGCUGCCGACGUGCGUGUCGAUGUACUUCCUCUGCACGCAGCUGGGGAUCAUCCUGGGUGUGGCGGUGGCGGCGGAGGUGCUCCGUGGGGGGUUUGCGGCGGCGCUGGGGCGAGAUAUACCGGAGGGAGCUGGGAAGGGGGAGAUUAUCCGCGGGGUGUUGGAUGGGAUUCGGUACUCGGGGGGUUUAUCUGUUGGGCUACAGAAGGUUGUUCGGGCGAGUUUCCUCUAUGCGUUUCAGUUUGUUCCUGUAUUCUGUAUUCUGUGUAGCUGUGCCGCGCUACCCAUCAUCAUCUUUGUGAAGGGCAGGAGGAUCGAGUGA